GUGUGCAGUACGGACAGGUGGGGACAGACGUGACCCUGUCGUGCGCCGGUGCCCACACCGGCUCACCGGUGCAAUGGAGACGGGCAGGUGCCGCGGUGCUGCCGGAGGGUGCAGCCGCCCAACAGGGAGCCCUGGUGCUGCCACAUGCCAGCUUGGCCACCGCGGGAACCUACAGCUGCCACAGCGAGGAUGGUGGCCUCCUGCAUGCCGUGUCCCUGCGGCUGGGGUACCUGCCGGGAGUCCCCUUUGUAUCCUGCAGAGCAUCCGACUACGAGAAUUUCUCCUGCUCCUGGACCUCCAGUGUGGAGACCUUCCUCCCCACCAGAUACAUCACCACCUACAGGAAGAAAUUGCUGACGGGCGAAGAGAAGCGGAGGAACAAGAACGGGCACGUGGGGCCAUGCCUGCAGGAUCCUUCUCACCCCGGCACCUGCACCGUCCACGGGUCAGAGUUCUGGAGCUCCUACCGCCUGAAUAUCACCGAGGUGAACCCCCUGGGCUCCAGCUUCCGCCUCCUCGAUGUCACCAUGCAGGCCAUCAUUAAGCCGGACCCUCCAGAGGGCUUGGUGGUGGAGCCCAUACCCCUGGCCCCACGGCGGCUCCAUGUGAGCUGGAAGUAUCCCUCCUCCUGGCCCAAGGAACCCCACUUCCAGCUCAGGUUUCGGCUCCAGUACCGGCCCAUCAUCCACCGCUUCUGGUCCGUGGUGGAGACGGUGAACCUGUCUGAGGUGAUCACGGAUGCCUUUGCUGGGCUGGAGCAUGUGGUCCAAGUCAGCGCCAAGGAUUUCCUAGAUGCGGGGAACUGGAGCGAGUGGAGCGCCGAGGCCCGAGCAACGCCGGUCAGAGAACCAGCCACCACGGCGAGUGAAGAAACCACUACUGACACCAGCCCAGAGAGCCUGGCCGAGGAGCCCUCCCAGGCUCCCAACCCUGAGCCCAUCAACCACAGCGACCCCCUGGAGAAGAUGGCCGUCCUGGUGUCCCUCGGGGUCUUCGCCUUCUUUGUACUGGCUGCUGUUCUUGUCAUCACCAUCCUCAUCUGGCUCCGGGUGAGGAAACAUGGCCAGGACAAGACCAAACCCCACAACUUCUUGGUUGCUGCCACCCACUUGAAGGCACUGCCGAGUGAGUCAGGGUGCAGGGCGGAGGCCCAGAUCCUGUAG